AUGGCUUCCAGUUCGCCUUCGCAACUUCUCCAGGCCUGUCGCCGCUUGGGCCUGGUCCCGGAGGAUCUACAGCACCAUGCCCCAAAGCGGAUCAGAUCUUUUGAAUCUUUCUUCAUCCCCGGAGAUCUCAAGGAGAAACAUCAGCUUCGCUUUGAACAUUAUGAGAAGAAACGGAAGGAGCGAUUUUCCCAAGUUCUUGCCGAGAGGGCCAAGGUCAUCGCCGAGAACGCCAAGAAGGGUGACCUUCCGGGUGCGCAAAGCGCGCAGUUCUUGUCCAUGUUGGAGUCGCUCUUUGAAAAAGAAGCCAAGCGAAUGGAGAUCGACAUGAAGGGGCAACUGCGACAACAUAGCUCCUUGGUCAAGGAGAACGAAGAGCAGAUCCGUAAGGAAGGGCAACUUCAAGAGAAGAUGCUGCAGGUGGACAAGAAGAGGGAAAUUGUCAUGCAGAAGCAGGAUGAGAGGGGCAAAAUGUCCAGGGAGUUGUUGGACAAGAAAAUCCUGCAAAACAAGGAGUUAAUGCAGAAGCUCGAGAAAGAGCACGAAGAGAAGCAGGCCAACUACGCCAAAGAGAUGCUUGCGGAGGAAGAACGGAUCCAGAGGUUUGUGGAGGAACGCAAAGUCAUGAACCUCGAGAAGACCGCCGUCUUUCGCGAGCGCGUGGCCCAAAUGAAGGAGAAGACUGAGCUUCUGCAAGAGGAGCGUCGCUUGGAGGGUGAGAAGCGCUUGCAGGAUAUUGAGGUGCGCAUCGAUAACGUGAGCCGGCGACGCGAAGAGGAGCAGAAACAACGGCAACUUCGCAGUGAGGAACAGCAUCUGCACCUCAUGGAUGUGCGAGAAGCUAAGAGUCGCAUCGAUCGCGUGGAUGGAUACAGGAGACAAGAACUCCGAGAUCAGAUCCACAUGCUCACUGCCUUGCUAGUGCCCGACCGUGGCCAUGGCGAUAUCUCCGUGAGCAUUACUGCCUCUUUCAGUGGUGAUGAUGUUUGUAGCUUCCUGCUGCCAGCUGGAAGUUUGGCGGAUCUGGAGAGGGUCCUCCGUGAUCUGCACGGACCCAUGUUCCGCUGUCGUCCUUGGUCCCGGGUCCUCUUCUACACGGAGGAGGAGCCGUCAAAGGCAUUGGGUCUACAACUGCAGCUUGGCACUUUUGCGUCCCUUGUGAUCAAGCACGGGGAUUUGGAAGCUUGGCUUUUCACCUUCCCAGACACUGGAAAAUUCCUGGAAGCUAUGCAGGGCGACAGGUUUGAUCCGAGGUCACCAAAUUUCCAGGUGGCCUGGACAGCAGGAUCAGCACCGCCACUUCUUGCAGACAAGGCCGAGUGCUUGGUUCAUGAGGUCCUCAGUGGAUCGCCCAUCCAUGCAGAUAGUGGACAGCAUUUUGUUCAGAUUUUCGGGAAGCUGACUUCCUUGGGCGAGCAGUGGAACAAUCUCAAUUUGAGACUGCUGCAGAAUUUGACCCUGGACUUAAAAGCCACGCCCAUCCUACUCCUCAAGAGAAACCACCGUGGUUACGUGGUUGGUUGCUCUGUCAUCGGGGACGCCUUUCCCAGCAACUUUGGCCGCUCCUUGCGGAAUUCCCUCCUGCUGUGUGAUGUUGCUCCCAGAUUUCGUUGGAGUGAAGUUUCACGUGCACUGCUGUCAUUGGACUGGAACCCCCAAGAAGGUGUAGCAUCUUUGCAAAAUCUAAUGAAAAAGAUUGCGCUGGAGCCCUGUGAGUUCGCGGCGCUCCAACACCAGGAGGUCUCUCAGUUGGUUCAGGUACAGCUGCGCUUGUCUUGUUGCGGAGUUGCAAAAGUCAAAGGGUCAAUCAAUGAAGCCUCUGUCAAGAUACUUGCAGAGCUGCUGGCCUACAGGCUGAAGAUCCUCAAGUUUCAAGGCGUGCCAGACUUGAUGUCUCAGAUGAAUGACUUUGAAUGCAACGUUGAGCGCAUCGAAACGUUGUUGGCUCUGAAGGAUCAAUUGCUGGACCAGCGGAAGGGCCGGAAUACGAAGGUGGAGAGUACCCGUGGUUCGCGAGGACUCUGUCUUCGCGAGAUCCAGCCAGGUCCAGGAACCUACGAGGCGCCCCCCACGUGCCUGCACGAGCUGCCAGCCGCACGGAUUGGCAAGUCGAAGGUUCCUGGUUUGGUGGAUACGGCCAUCCAGGGCACGCGACACAACCCUGCUCCUGGCAGCUAUGACACCAUCCUUUUGUCCAAGGGCGACAAGUUGAACCAACCGAGUGGAGGCGAAUUUAACAAGCGCAAUCGCGACAGCUUCUUGGACGAAUGCAUUCGGCUCAAGAACGACAUCCCAGCACCGGGCCGCUACGACCUGAAGAGUGUCCUCGAGAAGGGUGCCGUGCGCAUGUCGCGCGAGCGCAUUGUGGAUGAGAACUUGGACAAGCACUCGGCCAAGAGGUAUCCUUCUUGGGCACGGCCCACCACAGAUACGCCAGGGCCUGCUGGCUACAGCGUGGACGACUACACGCGCAAGGAGGUCUGGUUCUGA